AUGAUUGGUGUCUUCUCUCUCGCCGCCCAUGCCCGUCCAUCAUCUUCCGUCUGCUUACAUCAUUCCGGGCAGCUGACGUCGCCGCCGAUGUCCUUCCUCACGCUGCUGUCAUCCGACAUCGAGUUUUCUGUUCUCUCAUUAUACGUCGCCGCCGAUGAUUUGUUUCUUCUUACAUGUCCAAAUGAAAUCCAUGGUUUUGAUUCCUCAUAUUUUGACUCCACAUUUGUUGUCAACCGCUACAAAUGUAACCGAAAAUAUGAUGGGUUUGACCUCAAAGAAAACAUCAAGUAAAAAAGGAUUUGGGUAAUUAACAAGGG